UCCAGUUCGUUUUAGCCCUGUACUGAAGAUGACGGUGCUGUGGUUUAGAGGUAUUCCAGUUCGUUGUAGCCCUGUACUGAAGAUGACGGUGCUGUGGUUUAGAGGUAUUCCAGUUCGUUGUAGCCCUGUACUGAAGAUGACGGUGCUGUGGUUUAGAGGUAUUCCAGUUCGUUGUAGCCCUGUACUGAAGAUGACGGUGCUGUGGUUUAGAGGUAUUCCAGUUCGUUGUAGCCCUGUACUGAAGAUGACGGUGCUGUGGUUUAGAGGUAUUCCAGUUCGUUGUAGCCCUGUACUGAAGAUGACGGUGCUGUGGUUUAGAGGUAUUCCAGUUCGUUGUAGCCCUGUACUGAAGAUGACGGUGCUGUGGUUUAGAGGUAUUCCAGUUCGUUGUAGCCCUGUACUGAAGAUGACGGUGCUGUGGUUUAGAGGUAUUCCAGUUCGUUGUAGCCCUGUACUGAAGAUGACGGUGCUGUGGUUUAGAGGUAUUCCAGUUCGUUGUAGCCCUGUACUGAAGAUGACGGUGCUGUGGUUUAGAGGUAUUCCAGUUCGUUGUAGCCCUGUACUGAAGAUGACGGUGCUGUGGUUUAGAGGUAUUCCAGUUCGUUGUAGCCCUGUACUGAAGAUGACGGUGCUGUGGUUUAGAGGUAUUCCAGUUCGUUGUAGCCCUGUACUGAAGAUGACGGUGCUGUGGUUUAGAGGUAUUCCAGUUCGUUGUAGCCCUGUACUGAAGAUGACGGUGCUGUGGUUUAGAGGUAUUCCAGUUCGUUGUAGCCCUGUACUGAAGAUGACGGUGCUGUGGUUUAGAGGUAUUCCAGUUCGUUGUAGCCCUGUACUGAAGAUGACGGUGCUGUGGUUUAGAGGUAUUCCAGUUCGUUGUAGCCCUGUACUGAAGGUGCUGUGGUUUAGAGGUAUUCCAGUUCGUUGGAGCUCUGUACUGAAGGUGCUGUGGUUUAGAGGUAUUCCAGUUCGUUGUAGCCCUGUACUGACGGUGCUGUGGUUUAUUGGUAUUCCAGUUCGUUGGAGCCCUGUACUGAAGGUGCUGUGGUUUGUAGUACAGGUGCGGUGGAACCCCUAAUGAUCUCAAAUGAUAGCAUUAAGUCAGUCAUGUUGUAUUGUGCUGAAUGGUCCUGUAUAGCAUUAAGUCAGUCAUGUUGUAUUGUGCUGAAUGGUCCUGUAUAGCAUUAAGUCAGUCAUGUUGUAUUGUGCUGAAUGGUCCUGUAUAGCAUUAAGUCAGUCAUGUUGUAUUGUGCUGAAUGGUCCUGUAUAGCAUUAAGUCAUCAGUCAUGUUGUAGUCAUGCAUGUUGUUUAUAAGGUGUGAAUUGGAGAUCACUAGUCACUAUCUUAAUUUAUCUUCUUC